CCCGGUACUGCCAAAAUCAAAUCGCCCGUCCUCGUUGUCACCGCCUUCUUCUUGGUCUCGCCGUGUGUCCAGCCAUCAUAUCGUCGACGGCACAAACCACCGUUCGUGCAAGAGACACAAUGAGCGUUCUUGACGCAAACAAGGGGCUGCCCCUCCCCGCAGCCGGACCACCACUGCCUCGACCCCAAUCACCGCCAACGCCGCACCACCAUCACCAUCAUCAUCACCACCAUCACAACCCGAUCCGCAAGCUCGUCGGCCGCUUUCGCAGCGCCAGCAACGGCCAACGACCGCAACAGCAGCAGCAGCAGCAGCAGCUUCACUCCCAACCCGCCAGCGGCGCCAUCACGCCCUCCUCCUCCGCCUACGAGUCCGACGAGUACUGCGCCGCCGCCCAACCGCCGGCCCCCCCCUCCUCCUCCUCCUCGCGCGCCCCGUCCUUCAUCAUCCGACCCCCUCGACGGGCCUCCACGUCACCCGCCUCGUCGCGCGGCGGCGGUGGCAGCAGCUGCAAGAGCCACCAUCACGCCUCGCAGCAACAAAAACAACAGCAGCGGCAGCCAAUAAAGGAAACGGCAGAGACGCUCGAGCUCUGGAACGAGGUCUACGAUGCCCUCCGCAACAACCCCUCCACGGCCGGGCUCGUCCACGUCUACGAGGCCAUCAUCAGCCAGGAGCUGCCCGACGGGCUCAAGUCGGGCGGGCUCAACAGCUCCGCGCUCGAGGGCAAGUCGGCCGAGCAGCGUCUCGAGCUGCUGCGCGCCAUAUCCGCCGCGGGACUGCGCAAGCGGCGAGGGUCCAAGACGGCGGCGGCGGCGAGCCAGCAACAGCAGCAACAGCAGCAGCAGGUACCUGACGAGGACCUGGCGCGGCGCAUGCUCGAUGAGGCCAAGGACAAGGUCGAGAGCGUCAUGCCCGAGUACCCGUCCUCGGGGGCCGUCGCCUGGGCGGGCUUUUGCACGCUGACACCUCUCCUCCUCGACCCAAUCCUACAGCGCGCCGAGCUCCGCGCUGCCCUCGACCGCGCCAUCGGGCGCAUCCCCUGGUACACGCACCUCGCUUCCACCCUGCUCGACUCGAACCAGUGGUCCGCGACGCCCAGCCCGUCGUCGUCGUUCCAGACGCAGAGGGGCCGCGUGCGUGACACGGCCGCGCGCCUGUGCCGCGCUGUGCUCGAGCUCGAGAUGAACUGCGUCUGCGCCGCCGCCAGCGCCUGGAACCCAGCGGCCAAGAACGUCGUCGGCUGGGCGGGGCUCGCCGAGCUGGCGCGUCGCAUCCAGGACCUCGACGCCCGCGCAAGGAGGGUCGUCGACAGAAACCUCGGGGAGCAGGCCAGGGCGAGGUUGAGGGCUCUCGACGUCGAUUUGUGCCUCGGUACGCGGCAGCAGUCGUCACCGUCGCCGCCGCCCGCUGAGGGUGCUGGCGACGAGGAGAGUGCCGAGAGUGGUGAUAAUGGAGAGUCGGGGAAGACAAAGGCCUCCCCACUCCCAACUGGCUUCAGGUCUUCAGGGCCUCCCUCACUGCCAUUGUCGCCAGGCCAGCCAGAUCGACCCGGACCGCCGACGUCGACGACGCCGACCACCGCCCAAGCGGCGUAACGGCGUCCCUGUGCCACAUAGCAACGACCGCAUCCCCCGCCCGCUCUAAUCUAUAUAUUUCGCAUCCCCAGCUGCAGCCAACACGCUUUUUGCGUGCGCGGCCAAGUCAGCUGACGACACAAAUGCCGCGCCGCACGGUAGAGGCACUGGUCAGAAUCCCCGAAGUCCGACGCGCGCGGCAACUACACCACAACUCCUCAGCGUCCUGCUCCCAUGAGUCGACCUUCAACCUCAACCUCCCAAGUUCCCAAACACACCAAAUAUCUAUAAUCGCCACCGCCAAACCCGAGUCCAGAACUCACUGAAGACCCAUCGUGCCUGCUUGUAGGUAUCUAUCUACCUAGGUAGUACGUAGCUUAUUUUUAGCGAGGAUAGCGAAAAAUUGACGGCGCUUCAUUACCACC